UUACAAUCUCACAUACCCAAAUCUCCGCCAUGGCUGAGAGCUUCUGAGAGAGAUGAGCUAAAACAGCCAUGGCUACUACUUCACCCAACAAACUCUCACUCUUCCCACUACUCUCCCUUCUCUGUUUCAUCACCAUUUUCUUCCUCCUCUCUCUAUCCCGACGCGCUUCUCUCUCCUCUCCCAACACUCACCGCUCCGCCUCCGUCUUCACCCCAAAAUCCCACAGUUCCCGCACUGUUAUCUCCGCCGCUUGCGACUUCUCCGAUGGCUCAUGGAUCUACGAUCGAAACUUCAGAUCCGCUAGGUACGAUAGUAGUUGUAAAGAGAUCUUCAAAGGAUGGAACUGUGUUCGUAACAACAAAACAAAUGGCCUUGAGAUCUCUAAGUGGCGAUGGAAACCUAAGGAUUGUGAUCUUCCUUUGUUUGAUCCACUCGAGUUUCUUGAAUCUCAUCGAAAUACAAACAUUGGAUUUGUGGGUGAUUCUUUGAAUAGGAACAUGUUUGUAUCACUGUUCUGUAUGUUAAAGAGUGUGACUGGUGAAGUGAAGAAGUGGCGACCAGCGGGUGCUGAUCGUGGAUUCACGUUUUCGCGAUAUAAUCUUACCAUUGCGUAUCAUCGAACAAAUCUCUUGGCACGUUAUGGUAGGUGGUCAGCUAAUGCUAAUGGUAAUGAGUUAGAAUCACUUGGAUUUAAAGAGGGGUAUAGAAUUGAUGUUGAUAUUCCAGACAGCUCAUGGGAAAAGGCUUCAAGCUUCCAUGACAUUCUCAUUUUUAACACUGGGCACUGGUGGUGGGCGCCAUCAAAAUUUGAUCCAUUAAAGUCUCCUAUGCUUUUCUUUGAAGGCGGCCGGCCAAUACUUCCACCUAUAAAUCCUGCUACUGGCCUGGAUAGGGUUCUAAAUAAUAUGGUAAAUUUUGUGGAGAAAACAAAGCGACCUGGAGCAAUCAUAUUCUUCCGGACACAAUCACCUCGGCACUUUGAAGGAGGUGACUGGGACCAAGGUGGUACUUGUCAACGACUGCAACCUUUGUUACCUACAAAAGUUGGAGAAUUGUUCUCGGUGGCGAACAACGGGACAAAUGUAGAGGUUCGUCUGGUGAAUCAACACCUUUAUAACUCCCUUAAGAGUAGAAGCGGCUUCCACGUUUUGGACAUAACUCGAAUGAGCGAGUACAGAGCCGAUGCUCAUCCGGCAGCAGCUGGUGGAAAGAAUCACGAUGAUUGUAUGCAUUGGUGCCUCCCGGGCAUCACCGAUACUUGGAAUGAUUUAUUCGUCGCAACUCUCCAUACAAUCAAAGCUUAGUAACCUGAAGUAAUCAUACCAAGUCUUUUAUAAUGGAUGGGCAAAAUAACAUGUUUCGAUUAGUUGGGUCUAGCGUCAUUGUCAUACUCUUGUAAAUUUUGGAUGUUGUCUUCUGCAUAUUUUUUAAUUUAGUUAUUUUUUCCUCAA